GCCACACUCUCGCUUUGCUCAGAUCUGUCAUCUUGGCAAAUACCAAUAUCUCUACCUAUCGAAGCACAUAUCGCGAAUCUCUGCCCAUUCCUAAACUUGUGCAUAGAAUCACCCAACGACAAACAUUCCAUUGAGCGGAAUUUGGGAUGGUAGGCUUCAGCGCCCCCGACACGCUGAGCGUGACAAAACGAUCAUCUCCCUCUAAAUACUCCACCCUCAACAACCAUAACCAGCGUCGGUUGAAGAAUAAUGUCGACCUCGAAAAACAUCAGUACUCUUCAGAGAAUAGCGACGACGAAUCAGAAGAUGAAUCAGACUACUCCUCCGUUGUCUCCUCGCGAGAAACCUCUGGUUCAUAUUCAUCUAAUAGGCCGAUGCUGCGGAGGAAGUCACCACCUGCAAAGUCAUCAAUGGCAUACCGUCUACCUAACAGAGUCACCCGUUAUCUCUGUUUAGGGUUGAUUUCGACUCUUGUUGUUUUUGUGCUGGGUCUAGUGCGUAUGAGUAUUGUAUCUUCACGCAGAGUAGAGGUCGGGGAUGUAGGCGCACGUCCAGCACCACGUCCUCCAACUUGGGAGAAGUUUGAGUUCUUGACACGGUAUUAUGGUGGAAUUCGAACGCUGGUACCAAUCUCUGAGAACAAGCCAGAAUACCCAUCUCCUGAGGACGAAAUGGCCUUGGUGAAUAGUACAGUUGUCACUAAUAUUCGAAAUAUCCCAGCGAGCAAGCCAUUCGAAGCAUACAAGAACCAUACGUCCCCCAGCUAUCUGAGCGAAUACAUGCCGAUCCAAGAAUGCUUCUUAGAUGAGCAGUCUACUGUCCGUAUCCCCAAACUUCAGUUCUACAGUGGAAGACCUAGCGGAUUCCCCGACAAUGUCAUGGGAUCCUAUGAAUUGCUUGGAUUGCCGGAGGAUAUCUGCUUUGAACGAUUUGGAAGACUUGGUCCUUAUGGAUAUGGGUACUCUUCGAAAUAUGGAGGGACUGGGACUGGCCAGCACGGUGAUAUUGAGGGCUCCGAAGCAGUGUGGGCCGGCAAUUCUGGUGUUGAGGGCGGCGGUCAAAUCGAUUAUUCCAGCAUCGACUGGGGAGCUGCACAAAAGAGAUGCUUUAUUGCAAAUGCUGCACGUUUCAACGCCGAAGCUUCAAUGUCAAACCUGACGAUGGCCAACAAACAAUUGCCACGAAAUGCCGUGGUCAUUAGGACCUGGGAUACGUUUGAAUACCGUGAGGAAGAUAUUCUGCAUCUCAGAGCAUUGAUAUCGGAGCUUUCUCUUGGCUCGGGUGGGGAGUACGACGUUCACCUGCUCGUUCAAGUUAAGAAUGAGCCUGCUAAUCCCAUUUGGGCUGAUGCAGAAACAUACCAGGCGCAUUUGAAUGACUCGGUGCCAGCUGAGUUUCGUACUAUUGCAACUUUAUGGAGCGAGACACAGAUGCUCAUGAUUUACCAGGGAAUUUUCGACACCUUCAUCCGAGACAGGCCUGUACACGGGCCAUAUCGUGGGUUACAGAUGGCCAUGCAGUAUUUUGCUCAUACCCAUCCUGAGUACGACUUUUUCUGGCAUUGGGAGAUUGAUAUUCGGUAUACUGGCCAUUAUUACAGUCUUUUUUCUAACAUUGAAUCAUGGGCCAAGAAACAGCCUCGGAAAGGACUCUGGGAACGAAGCAGUCGAUUUUAUAUUCCAUCUGUUCAUGGGUCAUGGGAAGAUUUUAAACAAAUGGUUCGAGUUCAGACGGAGAUGGGUACCGAGAGUCCGGAUAAUAUCUGGGCAGGCAUCAAAGGGUCCAAAGCGGAGCGUCCUAAACUCGACAAGCCAAUUUGGGGACCUGAACGUCCAAACGACCCAGGGGAUUGGUAUGAGACAGAGAACGACCCAAAACCUCCUACUGGAUACGAAAAAGACAAGUACAAGUGGGGAUUAGGUGAGGAAGCUGAUCUCAUCUCCUUCAACCCACUUUUCGAUCCCGAAGGAACGACCUGGCUUCUGGAGUCUGAUAUAACCGGCUACAAUAUAAGUAACGGACUCCCACCACGUCGAGCAGCAAUUGUAACGUCAUCGAGAAUGUCGAAGCGUCUACUUGGCACCAUGCACCGAGAAACCGCUUUCAAGAAGCACCAUGCUUUUUCUGAGAUGUGGGCACCCACUACGGCUUUGCACCAUGGUUACAAAGCGGUGUAUGCCCCUCAUCCAGUUUACGUCGACCGAGAGUGGCCCACUGCAUACCUUGCUGGAGUCAUGAAUGCAGGGAGGAAUGGAGCUACUGGAGGUGCCCGCACCAGUGUCUUUGGAGAUAAAGAACACAACCUUCUUGGUAUGUCAUGGUAUUACAAUGCCGGGUUCGCCCCAAAUCUGUGGAAAAGAUGGUUAGGAUUCAGGGUGAAUAACGAAGGGGGCGAGGAGUUUGAGUUGACAGUUGACGAAGGAAGAGAUGGAAAGGGUGUAAAUGGUAUGAGGGGUGGUGAAGGAAGGAUGUGUUUGCCACCGAUGCUCAUUCACCCUGUCAAGGGUGUAGAACUACCAGUCGAAGAGUCCCCCGAGAAGGAUGACAUACCGGAGAGUAAUCCAGAUGCAUAAUUUAGCAAAUUUGUUUGGGCUGGCGUUGAGCGAUUACAUGAUAGCGUUUCUGGAAUUUUGGCAGGGAGUUAGGCAGCACCGGUACUAGGAUCAAUUCUAGGUUAUUACAUGACCAAAACGUUGGCUGUUGCAAAGUCACCGUAAUGAAAGUCGAUGCUUCCUGAUAGAUCUGAUAGUGGGAUAUGUCUUUGCCGCAGACAAUGUCGAGGUCCACGAUCGCCUCACUGCCCUAGAGACCGUUUCAGUCAUGAGCUAAUAGAUUCACAUUUACAAA